CUCUGAUCUACAAAUUUGAUAAAGAAUCCACCUGCAAAAUUUCGUCGUAAUCGUCUCAUUCGUUUUCGAGAUAUCGUGCUAACGGACAGACACCACAUUAUAUACUCGCAAGGAGCUGGAUAAUAAGUGAAUUGCACUAAUAAUAAAAAUAAAAAUAAGAACUUAUCAUUUUUUUAUUUCCCAUUUUCGCAUAUUUCCUUUGCGCUUUGAGCAGAAUGUCAAGUUUCAAUUUUUACAACGCUUCAAUCAUCCCAACCGGAACCACCAAAAGGACCUGAAAUUAUUACAAGAUGCAGGUCAAGGGUUCGAGUCGUACCUACGCCAGAUUCUUUUUUAACUAAAAGGUUUAUUAAAAGUUCAAAAUUAAGAUGUGCGUACAUUUUUUUACAAACGCCGAGAAAACAAAAAGAUAUACAAAAAACGUUAUAAAAGAUAAAUUGUAGAGAAUUUAAUUUCCUACAAAAAAUUCCGGAUCGCAUAAUAUGUAUAUUCGACCCUUAAUAUAUGAUAAGCAAUCAAAGAUACUAUGAAUGCCAACGCAAUCAAGAUGCGUAACUUUAAAUGGUUGAUAUGGCUAAACGAUUAAAGAUAGAUAUAUGCCGUCGCGGACUUUUUUGUAGUAUUAAUUAUCUCCAAUUUUUGUUCUAUAAAAUUUUGUGUAUCCCAAUUGGUAUCGGCAGCGUUUUCAUUUAAAGUGCGCGCGACUAUUAUAAGUACCAACAAAAGAAUACAGUAUUGAAAUCUUCAGUGCAAACGCAAUUCGUAGCAUAAUAUCCGCUAUAAAACCGAUUAUGUUAUUAUAAAAGUGGGAGAGGUACACCAUAGCUCUCCUCCCAUUGUCACGGAACCAUAAGUUCCCAUUUAGUUAGACUUCUUCCUAAUUUUAUACUCAAAGGCUGAAGUCAGUAUCAUCAUCUGGAAUUUAAAAUCCCUUACGAAAUCUGGUUGCCAAGCAUGAGCGAAGAAAUUGAGUCGAGGGUAUUGUAUGUAUGCUGGUUGGUUUCGCCGUCAUCACGAAGGAUGGUUAUCGGUUAUGGAACGAAGAAAGGUAAUCAUCAGGAGAAAUGACUAAGUGAAUGCCAGAACAAAACUGAGACAUUUUGAGAUUACAAAUUUUGACUGCAAAUUCCUAAACGAUUUAAACGAAGAAGAAGGAGUGCUUCCUGAAUGGGCAAAAUAUGUGACAGAAAUGAUAUGACUAAUAUAUAACACCUAUAUCGAAUCAUGAACUUUUCUUGACACCUGCCUGGGAAGUUACGUAUCCCCACGAAAUUUUCUGAAACAUAGCGUAAUCGGUCAACUUCAAACUGAUAGUGCAAUCAAUCUCUCGUUGAAAGGAAUUUUCCCCACAUUUGGAAGUGGGCUUGUACUUACAUAAGAGGGUUACUACACCUGCACCUCGUCGCUGACGAUACCAUAAAGUUUAAUAUCACUAUCUGUACGCAUAUCAUCAAAAUGAUUAAGAUAAUUUUUAAGUGUUCGAGAUAAGCCACCCGAGAAGUACCGAUUAUGGCAAGAAUUAACAAAAAUCUUUCCUCGCCGUAAUUGUCGAUACUCGCUCUUUUCAUUUCGUGGACACGAUGCAGAAGAAGGUGAACAAGAAGUUCAUCAUACCCUUGGUGCUAGGACUCGUGAUACUAGUCGUUGGAGUAGUGCUAGUGUUAGUGGUGUUUCCAAAAGUUAUCGACGAUCAGAUUAUCGAGAACGUGGUACUGAAGAAGGAAACUGUCCAAUUGGAGAGAUUUGUUAAGAUUCCGUUUCCGUUCAAGUUCUCCGUGUAUUUGUACACUAUUGCGAAUAAAGAUGAAGUUCUAAAUGAGGGGAAGAAACCGAAGGUGCGACAAAUCGGACCAUACGUUUACGAUGAGUACAAAGAGAGAAGAAUACUACAGUACGGCUCCGAAGAUCUGCAGUACGAGGAGGUGUGGUCGUUUAAGUUCAACAAAAACGCCUCCGGUUCGCUCAGCGAAGACGAUGAAGUCACCGUGAUCAACGCUCCUCUCAUUUCUAUCUUGCAAAGUGUGGAAAGCGCACCACUGCCCUUUCCACCCGCCAUGAUCGAAGGGGUGAUCGGGGAAAUUCUCGAUUCCACCGAGCUGUUCAUGACGGUACGCGUCGGCGACCUCACCUUCAAGGGCAUAAAAAUGUGCCACAAGAAAGAUAAGAGCGCCAUCGCUAAGCUGCUCUGUCUAACCAUGUCGCUGAUGAACCAAAAGAUGCUGGAGUACCAUGAAGACUACGCGCUAUUCUCUCUUUUCAAAUACAAAACGAAAGCUGAUGGACCCUUCGUUUUGAACACUGGUGUGACUGAUUCAAAGAAGUUGGGAUUGAUAUCGAGCUACAAAGGAAUGGCAUCUACAGAGUUUUGGAAUGGGACGUAUUCGGCGUGCGAUAAGGUGAACGGGUACUUUACCACCUUCCCGCCGUUCAUGGAGGAAAAUUCGUCGUACAAUGUUUACAGUAGUGACAUUUGCAAGUAA